CACGUGCUUUUCCACUCUCUCUUUCUGGCCUGUCGGAAUCAGCCAUUUCCCACACCCAACCCAAACUCGCACGCCUCCUCUUCCCUCCCUCCCUCUCUCUCUCUCUCUCUAAAUCGGCGCGAUACAGAGAGAGAAACCUUUCUGUUGCUCACAAUAUGAAUCCAUAAGAAGUGGGGGAGAGAGACAGAGAGAGGAAUGGCAUACAAUCGGUUGCCCAGCAGCGGCCACAACAGCCCCUCGCCGCCGGCGUCCCCCCUCCGGUCGCCGACCAGGCUCCGCCAUGGCGGCCGCUCCAAACCCGGCCGCUUCACGCCCGGGACGCCGGCCUCCCGGACUCUCGCCCACCGCCUCACCGGACUCCUUCUCUCCGUCCUUCUUCGCCGCCAGGGCAUCUUCCUCUUCGCGCCGCUGCUGUACAUCUCUGGCAUGCUCUUCUAUAUGGGGACUGUUUCCUUCGACGUCGUCCCCGUGAUCAAGCACCGCCCCUCCCCGGGCUCCGUUUACCGGAGCCCUCAGCUCUAUGCCAAGCUCCGCCCCGAGAUGGAUUCGGACAAUUCGUCCACCGAUGCGAUAUCGACGAUAUGGAAACACCCUAAAGGUGGUGAAUGGAGGCCGUGUAUAAAUAAGUCAUCAGGAGGCUUACCUGAAUCAAAUGGUUACAUUUAUGUUGAGGCAAAUGGAGGCUUGAAUCAGCAGAGGGCAUCGAUAUGCAAUGCUGUUGCUGUGGCGGGCUAUCUGAAUGCAACUCUCGUGAUUCCCAAUUUUCAUUAUCACAGCAUUUGGAGAGAUCCCAGCAAAUUCACGGAAAUCUAUGAUCAAGAUUUCUUUGUUGGUUCCUUGAAGAAUGAAGUUAGGAUAGUUAACAGCAUUCCUGAGUAUAUCAUGGAACGAUUUGACCAUAAUAUGAGCAAUGUUUACAACUUCAGGAUAAAGGCAUGGUCGCCAAUACAAUACUAUGUAGAUACAGUUCUUCCAAAGCUGCUUGAAGAAAAGAUCAUACGGAUUUCUCCAUUUGCAAACCGAUUGUCAUUUGAUGCUCCUCCCGCAGUUCAACGUCUUAGAUGUUUGGCAAAUUAUGAAGCUUUGAGGUUUUCAGCUCCCAUAUUAACUAUGGGUGAAACUCUUGUUGCAAGAAUGAAAGAUCGAAGUGCUAAUAGUAGCGGCAAGUAUGUUUCUGUGCAUCUUCGCUUUGAGGAGGAUAUGGUUGCUUUUUCUUGUUGUGUUUUUGAUGGUGGGGUAAAAGAGAAGCAAGACAUGGAUGCUGCAAGGGAGAAAGGUUGGAAGGGGAAGUUCACUAAACCAGGUCGAGUUAUUCGUCCUGGAGCAAUCAGGAUCAAUGGCAAAUGUCCCCUUACUCCUUUGGAGGUUGGCCUGAUGCUCAGGGGUAUGGGGUUUAACAGAAGUACAUCAAUUUAUUUAGCCUCUGGUGAGAUAUAUGAUGCUGAGAGAAAUAUGGCUCCACUACUAGAAAUGUUUCCCCUUUUACAAACUAAAGAGAUGCUUGCAUCCUCUGAGGAACUUGCUCAGUUUAAGAAUUAUUCUUCCAGGAUGGCCGCAAUAGACUACACUGUUUGUCUUCAUAGUGAAGUAUUUGUUACAACUCAAGGUGGCAACUUUCCUCAUUUUAUGCUGGGCCACAGGAGAUAUUUGUAUGGUGGUCACUCCCAGACAAUCAGGCCUGACAAGCGGAAGUUAGCACUGUUGUUUGAUAAUCCCAAUAUUGGGUGGAGAAGCUUCAGGCGUCACAUGUUGAGUAUGCGAGCUCAUAGUGAUUCAAAAGGAACUGAGCUCAAAAGACCAAAUGACUCAAUAUAUUCAUUUCCUUGCCCAGAUUGUAUGUGCCGUGCAAACAAAUCAGAAGAUUCAAGAUCAUUAUCAGCGACGUGAUUGUUGGAGAUUCUGAUUUGGUGUUCAUAUAAUUUUGUGACUAGGACAUCUGGCUGCUAACCCUCUAUUUUUUUUUUGGUUGCAAAUUCUUUCAUUAUUUUCCUCCUCCCACUGGGGAGAGGGCCACACACGUGAGUUUUUGGGAUGAUUAUUUCCCGGGGAUUGACUUGAGGGGGGAGUCGCAUCUUUUUGUACAUGAAAUCAGGAGAAGGGACACGGGGAAAUGGGACAGGCGGGGAGGCUGCCCGGGCUGCUGCUGCUGCUGCUGCUGCUGCAAAAACACUGGCAUAAUACCUUCAUUAUCGGGAUUCUGCCAUAUUUCUAGUUUGUGUAAAUUAGUUUACGCUUUGAUCUCUAGUUUUACAGGAUACGUUGUAUACAUUGAUGAUGAAAAUCAGGGAAUUGAAUUGGUUUUUUGUUUUUCUUCUCCCACAAAUUGCACUCUCUCUGUCAUGGACUGUAAUUCCCUUUGAGCUAAUUCUGAAUUAGUUGUGUGUAGCCUGUAGCCUGUGGGGCAAGGUGAGAUUACUGAUUUAGUUGGGUGCUUGUAGAACGUCUGAUUCUUUGAUUCAACUUUUUGGGUUCUUGAAAAUGCUGCAAACUAUUGUUUGAGCAAUGAGCAAUAAUGAAAUUGGGCUACGUGAGGGAGGAUGUUAUUGUUGUUACCA